GUAAUAUACAGCAAUAAUAUCGAAAUUUAUUACUCCUCUCGUAACUCCAGCUUUAAUUUUAAAUUUAAAUAUUUAAUGACUAAUUGUUUUUUAGGUUAUGUUACACGUCAGUACUAAAAAUUUAACUUAUCAAUCUGGAAUAUAACUGCAAUUUUUCAAUGUAAUAUAAACUUCCGAAAAACUAGAAUAACACUUCAAAUAAAAACCAUUAAAUGACUGCCGUAAGGAUUUCAAAUGUCGGAAAGUCUAGCCGAGGAGAUUGAUUUCAGUCCAGAUAAAAAUGUUUUGGACGAAAAGCCUCCCAAAAAGGUUAAAAAAAACGAAAAAGAAACCGAAAAAAGUUGGUUUUUAAAGAUUUUAAUAAAUAAUAUAAUGUCUAAUUUGCGUAGUGCUUUUAUAAUGGGUUUAGUGGUUAUGGUUUAUGCAGCUUUUAAUAAUGAUGUACCUAAAACAUCAAAUCCACCUCAAGCAAAUAAAUUCUUUUCAAAUUUGACAAACUCACCUAUAAAAGAUCAUUUCAAAGGAGAAAUCUCUAAGAUUUUUUCAACAACAAAAAUCUCAUCUACAAAAGACAUUAGUUUUGUAAUGUUUUAUGCCCCUUGGGAUAGAAAGUCUCAAGAAGUAAGAAAAGAAUUUGAAAUUGUAGCUCAAUUUAUGAAGGAAAUGAUAGAUCUUGAGGCUGUAAAUUGUUGGCAACCAGAGGGAGAAUGCCAAAAACGAUAUAGUAAAGUUUAUGGUUGGCCCAUUUUUGUUGUUUAUUUAAAUGAUAAUCGUGGUUUACCUUAUAAUGGCCCUUUAAAAGCUGAUUAUAUGAUCAAGUUUUUAAAUUCAGUUGUGAGUCCUAUUGAAAGAAUUAAAAAUGGAAUUGACUUUUUGACAUUUAGAACAAAAUAUGAUGUUGUCAUUUUGGCGAAUUUGGAUGUUAUGGUUGAUUUAAAUCGAAGAAAUGUUGAUUAUGAAAUUUUUUAUUCAACAGCUUUGAGAUUUUUGGAAAAAGAUCCGUUUAGGGAGGUUGGUUUUGGUAUUAAAACUGAAAAACCAGGAUUUAAAAAGAAAUUAACCAUUUAUACAUCAAAUGAAACAUUUAGUUAUUUCGAACCUAAUUGGACUACAAACGGAUUAAUAACUUGGUUAAGCGAAAAAAUACAUAAAUUAACAUCUUGGGCAUCACCUCACGGUCAAAAAAGUACUUUAUUAUCGAAAUAUCUUCAACCAGGGCCGGCUUUAAUCCUAUUUACACCAAGAAUGAUACUUUAUGAAACAAAUUAUUAUUAUUUACUGAUUCGCGAAAUCGCAUUAGAACUUUUCAACUGCAAAAAUGAUUUUGAUAACUACUCAUUACGUUUUGCGUUAAAUAAAAAACGACUCAAUCGAAAUUCUAAUAAAUCUUUGAUGGAUUUUGAUGAGGAUUUUCAUAAAGUGUUAAUUAAAACUCCUCAAAAUAACACAAUUUCAACGACUUUCGAAUUUUACACAAAUAAUUCUAUUUGUUAUUCCGAUCUAAUCAAAAAUCAGAAUCAAUUCGGUUUUUAUUUAGAUAAUAAUGUAUUAAUUGAAAAUAAUAUAAACACUUUUUAUAAUGAUCGAUUAAAAUGCGAACAAGAUCAAAAAAAUUAUUUCAAAACGUCACUUUUACCCGAUAAUUUCGAUAAAAAUUCACCGAUUAAUCUUCAAAAACGAUUUCUUAAUAAUAAAAAUGAACUAAAAGCGUUUGCGGAGUCUUUUUAUUCGAUUAAAAUCGAAAAAUAUGAACCAAAAAUGUUUACUAGCGGCUUGAAAAGUCUUAAAAAAUUUUUGAAAGGUUUUUUAUGUAAUUCGAAUCGUACAUUAAACUUAAUUGCGAUGGACUCUUUAAAUUACGAUGGUUUUACAACGAAUUUAAACGUGAAUCUUUUAAAAAAUGAUCAAAAAACAUCAGCAAUUAUUAUAGAUGAUCAAAAUGAGUCAUUUUUUGUAUUAAAAUCUCCUAUUAAUGAUGUUAAUCUUCGGAAAUUUAUUAAAAGAUUCUUUGAAAACAGUUUAAAUCGAUCGAAAUCGUUUACAACAAACAUCCCACCUACUAGCAAAGAAUUUUUUAUAACCGAUUUAAAUGCGGAAUCAUUUUUUAAUUUUACGAAACAAAAAAAGGCUGUUAUUAUAUUUUUUUACACCAAGCAUUGCGCUUUUUGUUCGGGUAUUUCAUAUAAAUUGUUAAAAGUGGCGAAAAUGUUAGAAAACGUCGAGCAUCUUACUUUUGGGAGAAUCGAUGGCGAUUUGAAUACUUUACCUUGGGAAUUUACCAUGGAAAAGUUACCUACUUUAUUAUUUUUCCCCGAUGAAAAAAAAUCAGAAACGAGAGUUUUUCCGAAAUCAACUCCUAUUACAGUCUCAACUUUAAUUAAUUUUAUCCUGACAAAUUUAAGUCCAACUUUGAAAGUUCACGCAAUGUGGUCGAUUUGUAUGAAAAUUAAGUUUGAAGCAGAUCAAAAUAAAUGUAUUUUAUCAAUUCGUUUGGAAACAUUAAGUUUAAUUGAACGAACGUUACAGGAAUGGCGAAAAGCCCAAAGCGAACUUAAAAGCUAUAUAGUAGAUAAAUUGAGCGCUUUGAGACGUUUGCAUUUGAUUUUGGGACAAAAGACCAAAGAUAAUUCGCAAAGCAUACAAACUUUGUUUGUUAAAUUAACGAAACAAUGAAUUAAUUUUUUCUCUGGGGGAUUUCAUUUUUUUU